GGAAAAGUUUAUAUAUAUAUGGAUGGCGAGGUUACGCGACAGUUUAGUAUAGCUUGGUACGCGCGUCGAGAGUUUGGAUCUGUUUGCGAUUAUUCUUUGUCAACUGUCGCGUACGACGUCCAUACGUGCUUGGAGUGUCUGCGCGAAACAUAUACGUGAGGAAUAAUCACGGGAUAGAGAUAAAUAGGCAAGGAGAUGGGAAAGGACUACUACAAGAUACUUGGCAUAGCCAAAGGAGCGAGCGACGAAGAAAUAAAAAAGGCAUACAGAAAGUUAGCCUUACGAUAUCAUCCUGACAAAAACAGAAGCCCCGGUGCUGAGGAAAAAUUCAAGGAAAUAGCCGAGGCGUAUGAAGUGUUGUCGGACGCGAAAAAGAGAGAGGUUUACGAUAAAUUCGGCGAGGAAGGUCUGAAAGGUGGUGCUUCGGCUAGCGGAGGCGGAGGAGGUGCCACGUAUACCUUCCACGGCGAUCCCAGGGCGACGUUUGCUCAAUUCUUCGGUUCAGCCAGCCCUUUUCACAAUUUGUUCGAGUUUGCUGGUAACCGUGGUGGAGGAUUCGCAUUCCACGACGAAGACAUGGACAUCGACAUGGAUCCUUUCGGACUCGGCAUGGGACCACCGCGACAAGGCGGCGCAUUUCGGUCGCAUUCGUUUAAUUUUGCGAGUCCGAAUACUAAAGGGGCUGGCAAAGAUCGUGCCCAGGAUCCGGCCAUCGAGCAUGAUUUGUACAUCAGUCUGGAGGAGAUACUGCGAGGUUGCACGAAGAAGAUGAAAAUAUGCAGACGGGCCAUACAGCCAGACGGUAGCACCAAGAAGGAGGAUAAGCUUCUCACCAUCAAUGUGAAACCAGGCUGGAAAGCUGGCACGAAAAUCACUUUCCAGAAGGAAGGUGAUCAAUCACCGAGGAGGGAACCCGCAGAUAUUGUCUUUAUUAUCAGGGACAAGCCGCAUCCGCUGUUUAGGAGAGAAGGCAGUGACAUUAGAUAUACGUGCAAAUUGAGCUUGAAACAAGCUUUGUGCGGUACUAUUGUCGAAGUUCCUACGCUAACCGGCGAAAAGAUAUCUUUGAAUUUAACGCGGGAGAUUGUCAAGCCGAACACGGUCAAGAGGUUCCAAGGACACGGUCUACCUUUUCCGAAAGAACCGUCGCGAAAGGGCGAUCUUCUCGUGUCGUUUGACAUCAAAUUCCCUGAAACUUUAACGCAAAGCGCCAAGGAUAUAUUGUACGAUACGUUACCCAAUUGAGCUCGUAUUAUUGAUCGAAAACCGCGAACGCGUAUGAGUUAAUGUCGUCGUAAUUUCAUAUGUUUUAAUCUUCUCGAUCAAUAAAAUACGGAUAUGUUUUCAUGUACGUUCUAGUACAUGGAGAGAGUAGCGAUAAUGAUAGUGACGAUGUCAACAAGGAUGACGAGAAUGACGACAAUGACGGCGUUAAUGACUACGAUUCCGAUGGAACGAUCGAGAAUUAUUCAAUAUUCCCGCGCGCAAUUUGCUCCUUAGAGGCCAAAU